AUGGCGCCUCAGAUCCUCAAGUCGCUCGAACCGGAUCCGCCACGCGUGCAGCGCGGCAACUUGUUCGACUUCCUCCACAGCAAUCCGAACAAGGUGGAUGAGAACAAGCCAGUCUUUUAUCGACUAGACGGCAAAAAAAUCACGCGCAAGCAGCUUUACGAUGAUUCGCGACGACUCGCAUACGCCUUGCGGAACAAGCUUGGCUUGAGGCCUGGAGCGAGGAUUGGCAUCAUCUCUCCCAACAGCACCGCAUACCCUUGGGUCGUCCAUGCUGGUCUAUGCGCAGGCGUGGUGCUGGUUCCCCUGAACCCAGCAUAUGGAGCCGAAGAACUCGUUCAUCCAGUUCAACAAGCUGAGAUCGAGUACAUUUUCUGCCACCAGAGCGUUCUCAACACGGUGCGAGACGGACUGGAGCUCGCAAAGGUGAGCCUCAAGUCCACAAAUGGUCAGAACCGUCUUUGGAUCUUGGAUGACGGCGAUAGCCUCAAGAAGGACGACAAGGGCGAGCAAGACGCACGAACGCUGCUCGGCGACGACCGUCUCGAGACACACAAGGUGGUCGACGACCGCACUGAGGAUGCCUUUAUUGUAUUCUCGAGCGGUACGAGUGGCAAACCCAAGGGCGUCCAGCUGGUACACGGUAACAUGACCGCAGUUACCACCGCUAUCGUCCACACAUUCGGAGAUGCUAUCAGCCCCAAUGACCGCUACAUUGGCGUGCUGCCCUUCUACCACAUCUUUGGAUUGGCCAAAUUUAUGUGUAAGGGCGUCUACAUCGGAGCCGAGUGUGUCGUAGUGCCCAAGUUUGACCUGGGCGUGUUUUGCGCCGCGGUGGAAAAGUUCAAGUGCAACAUCAGCUACGUGGUGCCGCCGAUUCUGGUUCUGCUGGCAAAGGAUCCGCGCGCAAAGAAGUACGACCUCAAGAGUCUCAAGUGGGUCAUGUCUGGUGCAGCACCGCUUGGAACCGAGCUGAGUAUGGAAGUGGAAGCUGCGCAUCCUGGGUUGCGCGUCACGCAAGGCUGGGGACUAAGCGAGACUUCGCCAACGGCGACGUUCGCCAAGCCGGAAGACUACCAUGCUCACAUGGGUACUUGUGGACGACUCAUUGCUGGUGUAGAGGGACGAUUGGUGGAUGACGAUGGCAACGAUGUCGGUUUCGAGCAGGGCGAGAAUGGCAAGCCCGGCGAAUUCUGGGUGCGUGGCCCUACCAUCAUGAAGGGCUACCUCAACAACAAGGAGGCAACCGACGACUGCAUCACUCCGGACGGCUGGUUCAAGACGGGCGACAUUGCCAUCAUGAAGAACAACUAUUUCUGGAUCGUUGACCGCAAGAAGGAGCUCAUCAAGUACAAGGGCUUCCAGGUGCCUCCUGCCGAGCUGGAAGCGACGCUCUUGUCGCACCCCAAGAUUGCCGACGUGGCUGUAAUUGGAGUGUAUAACAAGGCGCAGGCAACCGAAUUGCCACGAGCGUAUGUUGUGCUAAAGGAAGAGGUCGCUAAGAACGAAGAUCCAGAAGCGGUGGCGAAAGAGAUCAUCGAGUGGACUGCGAAAAAGGUAGCUAACCACAAACGCCUUCGCGGCGGUGUCAAGGUGCUGGAAGAGAUCCCCAAGAGUCCUUCGGGCAAGAUUCUCCGACGAUUGCUGCGAGACGAAGCUGCCAAGGAGUCGCAAUAA